GCUCGAGACACAAACCAAUGUAAACACCAGAACCAACCACCGACAUCUCGACACAAACAAUGCGAAAUCUCUAAUCGCCUCAUCCUCUAGCUAUCAAUAGCACUGGUUGGACAACUUCAAGACCCUCAGAAAGGGCCAUAUUCGCCAUGUUUUCACCAGCGACGACCAACGGCACUCCAGCUGCCAAUACUCGCAACGCCAGGCGCAGGCCGCGCCCAACAUCUUCAGAGAACAUUGCGCUACAACCCAAAGCCAAAAGGCAACGCAGCAGCUUACAUGAUAAUACCUUCGUUGCCCCCGAUGCCUCCCCUGAGAUGCAGGAGGUCAAGGCGAAGAAGUCAGCAGCGGGAGUCGCACGGCACGAGAGCAUCGCAGAACCCCAGGCAACAAUAAGACGCGAUCUCACGGUUAGAGGCAAGAAGCCCAAGACUGCUGAGAGAACUGGCAAGGGAGAUGGAAGCACGGUUUUGACAAGCAAUGAUGUUUACACUGUCAGCAGGCUUCCUGCUUUACCAGAUCGCUUACAAUCCACGACUACAGGUAGACAACAUGGCGCGAUAUACUCCGACAGUGGUUACGCCCUCGCUCUCACGACCACUCAUGCGAUUGUCUGGCCCUACGCUCUCAACACCACGACCCCAGAGACCUUCACCUUCGCCCUACCUUACCCAGCGAAACAUACAUCCGAGCACCUCCCCCUUGGAUCCUUAGUCUCGGCCUCAGCAAGCACCCCUGAGCCUGGCCUCGUCGUGGUGAUGCCCUCAAGUGGCAAGAUCACAUACUGGGAAUCGAUCGCGAGCGCAGCCACCCUGGACCUCAUACAACAGCAGAGAAACGGCGUUGAGCUUACAAUCCCUGGCCUACUGCAUGGAGAGGUUGUAAUCCAGAUUCUGAACGCCGAAUCGGCUGGCUUUUUGCUGUCCUUCAGCAGUGGAAGGUUGGCGUAUAUGAGCGUACGAGACGGCCAGGGGAGACCAGCGAUAUCUGUACAGUUUUUGCGCGGCACGAGCGGUGCUGGCAAUGGAGGGAUAUUUGGAAGCAUUAGAAAUGCUCUCAGCAGCUCGUCUUGGCGCGGAGACCUGGCAGCUGCCAGGGCUGGCCCGUCAUUGAAGCCAGGGGAGCGUGAUAUCGUGAGCGCAUCUUCGAAGGGAAGAUUGCAAGCCUGGAGUCUUCAUCGAGGCGGCCACAAUACCCUCGAGGCGGAAGGAGAUGUCAGGGAGUUGAUUGUGGAGCAGUUGAAGCGCACCGACAAGAGUCUUGAGAGCCUCGACCUUGAGUCGUUUGAAGUCCUCGACUUUUCAUUUGCGCCACAAGCCGGUGAUAGGGAAGAUUCAACAGCUUUGACCUACCGCGACGACAACGGCACGGAGCUUCUCAUGCUGACGUCUCUUGGUGGGCAUGGGAUCUGCCACUAUGCCCUUGUGCAGGUGUUCCUUCGUCAAAGGGAUAUCAUUGUCAGCAACGUUCACCACCUCCGCUCCUACUCAACCCCAGUCAGCCGAACCUCCACGUCCAAGCCGAGACUGCAUCUGCCAAAGCCAGGCGUUGCAGCAUUUGUCGUCUUUGACCGCGCCGUCGUGGUGACGUCAAUGGUCCAAGAGCCAGAUUCCCCAGGUCAACAACUCCGCCCGGGAACCAAUUAUUUUGAGGAUGUCGUAGACUUUAGGACAGAUGCCGGUGUGGAGAUUACCGGCUCUGGGCUGGAAGAGCCACAUACACCCUCCCAUGGUGCAGAGGACAGCCGCUCGAGGCGCCACAAGGCCAAGUUCCCAGCUGUGGUUCUACUGGUUAAGGGUGGCGGUAUAAUCCGUAUUGCCACGACAGACCCGAAGAAGUUUACAGCCGGGGAGGCACCACAGGUUACGGCUAAGAGCAAGCUGGAUCAAGCAGUAUUCUUUGGCAUUCUCGAGAACAACCCAUUGAGUUUCACCGGACGGUCGGAAAUACAGUUCUCACCCGAGGAAGUUGGCCAGGCUGCCCUACAGCUCAGUCACGAGGUUUUGAGCUCUACGACAGCGCAUAUUCCUUCUAUCCCGGCGUCGAUUGAACAUAAUCUACGCGUACGGGCACAGGCACUGCAUAGCCUCGCGACGCACAUCAAGAAGAUGAAUGUCGACCUUGACCGUCUUACGAAAUGGAAGCUCUUAUGGGACGCGGAGAAACUGAACGGUGCAAAGGGUGCAUGGAACAACUACGAUACCCUCAUAAGCUCCAAACCCGUCGGUCAGAAGCGCAGCUUAUGGAAUGACAUCGUCGAGUGCCUGCACGAGGAGUACAAGUUAAUGCCGUCGAAGGAAUUUGGCGAGGUGGAUCGUGUUCGCCACUACUUCAUCCACGACAUCCAUCGCUUCGAGAUGGUUGUGCCUUGGGCCUUCCAUGCAGUGAAGUUGAGAUACGAAGAGUCCGAGCUGGGCCAGCACAAGAUCGUCGAGCUCGUCAGCGAGGCCAAUGAUCUCCUAAUCGGAGCCUUGGCUGGAGCCUACGACUUCCGGACUGAAAACCUAGCUCUGUACGGGCUCCAGGGCGAAGAUGUCCAGAACGGCAUCCUGAUGCAAAACUACCAGGGCAUCCCGGAGCCCUGGACAUGCCAGCAAUACGUAGCGGAUAACGCAAAGAAGCAGACUGAUCUCGCCAUAGGAAUGGUACGACAAAACUGGCCCCCCGCGGCCGGCGAAAACCAACCCGACCCGGACCUCGUCGACAAGAUCCGCACCGAGUGUCCCGAGAUGCUCGAUCUCGCCUGCCGCUCCACCACCGAGAAGUACCGCUGGUACCUCGGCCAGGAUGACAAGAAGCGCCACAGCCAGGGUCUGCAGAUGCAGCACUCGUACUUCAAGGUGCGGGAGGGGCAGAUCUACAACCUUUCCGAGAUUGGACUUGUGGACGAGGGCAUCGAGUUAGCGGAGAAGCACAGGGUCUUCGACACCCUCGUCCCCCUCAUCGUCGAAGAAAUCCAGCGCACAAAUGAAGCCAUCGCCGAAACCGAAGCCACGCCCGACGGCGACGCCACGGACCUCAAAGCUCGCGUCGCCCGUCUCCAAGCACAGGUAGAGGGCUACUACGACCUCUUCGGCAUGGAGUGGGCUAAGUCGCUGUACUCAUACUACAUCAAAGAAGGCGAGCUCUUCGCUCUCCUCAGCGACAACGACACGCACCAGAAAUACCUGACCGCCUUCCUGCGCAGCAAAAAGGAGUACGCGAAAGUGUCGUGGAUCAACGAGGUCACCCAGGAGAAAGACUACCACCGCGCCGCGGCUGAACUCCUCGACCUCGGACUGCACCGCGAACGCGACCUGUGGAGCAAGAAAGUGCAGCUCAGCAUUGGAAAACUGGCAAGACUGGCGGGGCAAGCGGGGAGUGGACUGAGAGUCGCGGAAGGGGGGGAGGAGAUGAAGGAGACGGAGGCGCAGUUGGAGGUUAUUAGGAUUCAGGGGCUUGUGCAUAAACAUGUCCGCGGUGCGGUUAAGGGGGCGAUUGAUGAUACAGCCGAACGCCAGCUUGCGCUCGAGGUUUACGAUAACCCCUCUCUCCGCGGGAAGACCGCUUUGGCUACCGUCUUGCACGAGAAGCUUGGCUGGCUGCUCGAGCACAAAGCUAUGGGUGCCCUAGAUCUAGUCGACCUGUUGACACUCCUCGGUCCGGAUAGUAGGGGAGAGGGAGGGGGAGUGUUGGGGGGGGAGGAGUUCCAUUAUGCGCUGCUUGCGCUUAAUGCAGCUGGACCGGCAGAGGGAGAGGAGUUUAGACUCGCGGAGCAGGGGGUGUGGAGGAGGUGUAUGCUGAGAGAUGAUUGGGCCGCGAUUAAUGAUACGGAUGCGAAGAGUGAUGAAGAGGUUAGGUGGAGGUUGGAGGGGACGGCGUUGUAUAGGACGUUGAAGGGGUGUGUUCGGGAUCGCCUCUUCGAAACCCCCUCCCGCCUCCACAUCCACACCCCCUCCUCCCUCUCCACCACCACCCCCACCCUGGACACCCGCUACCGCUCCCUCGACUCCGGCGUCCGCGCCCCCCUCCUCUCGGACCUCUCCAGCGAAGACAGCGCCCUAAAAUCCUACAUCACCCACGCGCGCCUCGGGAAAUGGUUCGAAGGCGCUCUGGACCUAGCGAAGCGCUCCGUGGAAGAGGAGAGAAUGGAGAAGGAGGAGGGAGAGAGGGGGUUGAGGGAUGUGGCGGAGCGGUUGAGGGAGAUUGAGGCGGAGAUUGAGGAGAGGGAACGGGGGGUGGCGAGGGAGAUGUUGAGGUGUAGACCUAGGGGGGGGAGGGUGUAG